AUGGUCCAGAUAGAGCCUUUCGCCGUUGAGCAUUGGAUGGAUGAACACGAAACGAAAUGUAAAUACAACAUCGCCGAGACCUGCUGCGCGUCCAUCUCACUAGACCAACUGCAUGAGCUCUCCGAGGACAAAUCAGCCAGUGCAGUUCUGCCGCUAUCCAAGAAGCUCGACUACGGCGUCAUCCGGGGAUCUGAGGCGUUAAAGAACAACUUAUCUCGCCUUUACUCUUCUAGAGUGGGAACCCCACUACCGGCAGAUAACAUUUUGAUCACGAAUGGAGCUAUUGCCGCGAAUCAUCUUGUGUUCUACUCCCUCGUCGGCCCCGGAGACCAUGUGAUAUGUCACUAUCCAACCUACCAGCAGCUCUAUGAGAUCCCCAAGUCCCUUGGAGCUGAGGUUGAUCUCUGGCACGCCAGGCCGGAAAAGGACUGGACGCUGGAUAUCGAAGAGUUGAAAGCGAUGAUAAAGCCCAACACUAAGCUGAUCGUCAUUAACAACCCCAACAACCCCACCGGCGCCCUCCUCAAGAAAUCAUUCCUCCAAGAUCUCGUCGACGAAGCCUCAGAAAAGUCAAUCACUAUCCUCUCCGACGAAGUCUAUCGCCCAGUCUUCCACUCCAUAACCCCCAUGUCCCCGGACUUCCCGCCCUCGAUCCUCUCUCUCGGCUACCCGCACACCAUCGCCACCGGCUCACUCAGCAAAGCCUACUCGCUGGCCGGGAUCCGCAUUGGCUGGCUCGCCUCGCGCUCCCGCGACAUCGUAGAGAAGUGCGCGGCUGCUAGGCACUACACGACCAUCUCCGUGAGUCAGUUGGACGACGCUGUGGCAAGUUUUGCGCUAAGCCCGGGAACGGUGCAUGGGCUGCUGGGCCGCAACAUCGGGCUCGCGAGGACGAAUGUCACGCUGCUUGAGCGGUGGGUAACGAAGCAUGAUGAGGUAUGUGAGUGGGUUAAGCCGGUGGCGGGCACGACGGCUUUUGUGCGGUUUCAUAGGGAGGGGAGAGAGGUGGAUGCGGAAUCGUUGUGCAAGAGGCUGUUAGAGGAGACGGGGGUGUUGUUUGUGCCUGGAAGCUGCUUUGGGAAGGAGUUUAGGGGGUAUGCGCGCAUUGGGUAUGUGUGUGAGACGGAGGUGCUCAAGGAGGGGCUGGAGAAGGUGAGGGGGUGGUUGAGGAAGGAGUUUGAUGACAUGCCGCUGUUGGAGGGGUUGAAGAUGUCCGGUUAG